UUCAAGAGACUCGUGCGUUUGUUUUGAAGCUGCUAGCUGUCAAAUCUGAUGUGUUAUUAACGCCGUAGCAUUAAGCUAACGCUGGAAAUUGAGAAAAUGUCGUCGUCGGAUGAUUUUACGCGCCUUCCUCAGCAGAUGUGGGAGAAGGUUCUGUCGAAGGUGAAGAAAGCGGUGGUUUUUAUGGAUGACAGAUGUGCUGAGGCUCUGCACUGGAGCGGAGGAGCUGCUCUCCUCCUGGAAGCUGGAGCCAGAAAUGUGAAGCAGUUUUCCAGUUUUGAAGCCUGUGGAGAGAAUGAACCCAAAGCUGUGUUUGUGGUGAGCUCGUUGUUAAAGGGGAGGACAGUAGACAUCAUUAGAGACAUCAUCUCUCUCAGUCACUUCCAGUACUGUGUCGUCUUCACCACCGUGGCUCACUCCGUCCACCUGCUCGCUAACAACGUCUCUGCAGAGAUGGAGGGCAGCCCCGUGUUUGAGCAGUUUGAGGAGAAGCUUUGUGAGUGGAUGGGAAACAUGAACUACACCGCUGAGGUCAUGCAUGUCCCCAUCCUGUUCGCCCCUGUGUCCCAGCAGCUGCUCCUCACACCCACCUUUGCUCACCUGUUCCCCCUCCUCUCACCUGAUCUGGAGGCCAUCAACGCCAAAAGAGCGGAGAAGAAGAGGUUUGGGAGCCUGAUUGAUGCUGAUGUGCACUCUCUGCCAGUUGAGCUGCAGCUUGAGAUCAAAUCUUUGGCUGCAGCGUUGAAUUCAGUGUUUGAAGCUACAGGAACCAGAGAGGAGAGCUUCGCUGUUGGACCAAUGAGCCGAAUGAUAGCAGGAGAGCUGGCCAAUCACCCUCAAGCUAAGAACAGAAGGAAGACAGCGCCAAAUAAAGCAUCCAUCAUAUUUGUGGACCGCACUAUGGAUCUCACAGGAGCUGUCGGUCACCAUGGAGACAACCUGGUGGAGAAGAUUCUCACUGUGCUCAGACCGUUGCCUGGUCAUGCUACAGACGUACAGGUAGACAUGCUGGAGCUCACAGGUGUGCAGAGAACCCCCCAUUCCCAGAACACUGUGGCCCCCGGCUGUCUAGCACAGACACAGUCUUCUACAGCACAAUCACUCUGGGAGGCAAUGCUGACCAAUAAACACAAAGAGGGAGUGAUGGAGGUCCGACGGCAACUUGUGGAAGCAGCCAGCAAGGAGAAACUGCCAAUAAAGAUGAGCAUGGGCCGCGUGACCCCUGAACAGCUGUGCUCCUACGUCCAGCUGUUCCGAAGCAGCUGGGGGGCGCUAGAGAGCCACUGCGGGGUGCUCCAGCUGGGGUUGGCCACAGCCCAGACACUCCGCCACCCCCACCUGCCCCGCUGGGACGCCUGCCUGGCCUUCGAGCGUCUGCUGCUGCAGGCUCUGGGAGACUCCGACUUCCCAGCCGUACUGAGGCAGCUGCUGCCCCUGAUGAAGCCUCGAGGAGAAGAGGGGUCGAGGUCUGGUGAGGAUGAUUGUGGUCCUGAUGAGCUGAUCCUCCUGCUGGUCUACCUGUACUCCCUGGCUGACGAAGCCCAGCCUGCAGAUGCGGAUGAGGAGGAGGAGCUGGAGAAGCUGGAGAGGGAGCUGAUGGGAGCGCUCACCCUGGUCAUCACCCAAGAGAGCGAGCUCAGCCCGCUGCUGCAGAAACUCACCGGAUGUGCUAACCCCGAGGAGCUGACCACAGAGCGAGCCCACUCUACUGUGGAGGAGAUGUUUGAGACCCUCCGAGGUCUGAGUCACACCAGAGACCACCUGAAGCAGCUCCGCUCCGUCUACACGGCCAGCGAUGGAGUUCACCAGGCGACUUACCGUCCAUUUCUGCGGCAGAUCUUGGAGGAAGUUUUCCACCCGGAUAAACCAGAGUGUCCGGACAUUGAGCACAUGUCAGGAGGACUCACGGAUCUCCUCAAGACCGGCUUCAGCAUGUUUAUGAAGGUGAGCCGCCCUCAUCCCAGCGAUAACCCGCUCCUGUUUCUCUUCCUGGUCGGUGGAGUCACGCCCUCUGAGCUUCGUCUCGUUAAAGAAGUUGUCACCGUGCACAAACCGGGGACCCAGGUGCUGGUUUUGUCCACCAGACUGCUGCGGGCGACCGAUAUCCCCACGCUGCUCUUCUCCACACAGAGACUGACGCCUGAUAUCGGUGUUUGAAAGGUCGCAGACACGUGCAAACGCACAAGCCAGCUCACGUGGCAGAACACACAACACCAUCGACAUGUCCAUGCCUCGUCAGAUGGGAGUGUUGGAGCAGUGAUGAGAUUCACUGAAAGGCCAAUGGAGGAACAUUCCUGUCAUUUUUAUGUGAGGGUGGCAUGAUGGGUUUAAUUCUAACAUGAGAUAAAAAUGUGUAAAAGUGGGAUUAUUUUAAGGUGAGAGGGGAAAGGAACCAAUUCUCUGUUUCUGACAAAGUCCUUUUGAGGUAUGUUGUUUGCAUUAAAUGGAAAUAUAAUUAAAUAAUUUACCUUUCA